AUGAACCAGCCCGCCGGCCAGCGUCUCAAUCUCUCUAAUGCUACGCCAGAGUGCUUCAUCUCGGCCUGCAGGGAUAUCAACCCGCCCUACCACCUGUCCCACACGGACUCAAGGACCGUCGGCUGCACCAAGCCUCCCGGGCUUUUGUCCUGCUCUCCUCCUACUGGCAUCAGUGCUGGCCACUCUCUUUCCAGAACAGGCAUCUUGAGUGGUUCCUCGCCCUCGUUGUCGUAG